GGACGCACGUAGAGAACGACGGCAGCGUAACAUAGACGUUUAGGCACACAACAGCGGUAGUCAGCGGAGUUUUGCUUUAAAUUCGAGUUUCAGAACUAGAUUUUUACUACGUGAAGCCUUUAUUGUGCCACAUAAUACGCAGCCCCUCACAUUAAGGCUUGGAAUCGGCAGCUUACGAUCAAGAUGUCGUACAUGCUACCGCAUCUCCAUAAUGGCUGGCAAGUCGAUCAAGCCAUCCUGUCUGAGGAGGACCGAGUCCUGGUGAUCCGCUUUGGGCACGACUGGGACCCAACAUGUAUGAAAAUGGACGAAGUUCUCUACAGCAUCGCUGAAAAGGUAAAGAAUUUUGCAGUCAUCUAUCUGGUGGACAUCACAGAAGUGCCUGACUUCAACAAGAUGUACGAGUUGUACGACCCCUGCACUGUGAUGUUCUUUUUCAGGAACAAACACAUCAUGAUUGAUUUGGGCACCGGUAACAACAACAAGAUUAACUGGACAAUGGAGGACAAGCAGGAGAUGAUAGACAUUAUUGAAACAGUGUACCGAGGAGCAAGAAAAGGAAGGGGUCUGGUGGUGUCUCCAAAGGAUUAUUCUACAAAAUACAGAUACUGAUUUUUAUUUUAUAUUUUGCGACAUGAAACAGAGACUACAAAGUUACAGAAGUCAAGGAAGACCCUUUUUUUUAAUCCUUUUUGUUUUUGGCAGUGAAACAGGACGAUAUUCAUAUUCAUGUUGUGAUGCUGUGCCUUUUGUGUUUGUGUCUGUAGACUAAUGUGUUAUUCACUUUCUUCCUCAAAUUGUUUUUGUUUUUGUUUUUUUUUUUUUAAGACCAGUGCAUAAGAAACCAGAAUUAGUAAAAGUCAUUGUAUUUAAAAGUUUUAAUAAACAUGGAUGGAUGGAUGUUUA